UUACUUGUACAUGUGGGUCGAAACAGUUCAUGUUUAACUUCUCUUGAGUUGACAUGCCUUCCUAAUCAUUUAAAUGGUUGGAGUGACCUAUACUAUGACAGACUGUGGCGUUGACUUUAAGAAUCACGACAUAACAUUGGCUGUUCACAACAUGGAAGACAUAAUACACGGGCACCCAAAGAACUUUCAGAUUAAUCUGGGCUUCCGGUAUGAAGAAGAUUACCUAUAUUGUGAAGAUAUGCGUGUUUGUGAUUUAUUGAAUUUAAAGGAUGUGUCGUCUCCAGUUUAUUUGUACAGCAAGAAACAAAUUGAGGCAAAUAUCAACAAAUACAUGACAGCCAUGAAGAAUUCAGGACUUAACAUUCAGCUUAGUUACUCCUUGAAGGCCAACAUGAAUCCCUCUAUUCUGGAGUUGAUGAGGGACCACGGCUUGUUUCUGACCUUGGUCAGUGGCCAUGAACUUCGUCUAGCUCUUGACCUUGGACAAGAACCUGGGAAGAUUAUCUUUAAUGGGAACGGCAAGAUGAAUUGGGAGGUAGAUCUUGCCUGUAGAUCGGGCGUCCUUCUGAACGUGGACAGUAUCUUCAAUAUGAGACAGACCAUAGAUGUCUGCAAAGCGAGGGGAUAUGUGGCAAAUGUGUUGUUCAGAAUAAAUCCGGACAUAAACCCGAAUGUUCACGGAUAUGUAUCGACUGGUCAAGAGGGAUCAAAAUUUGGAAUCUCUGCUGAUGAGCUUGAGGAGGUUCUGGAAAUGGCGACAACGUUCGAGAAAAUCCGAGUAGUCGGCCUGCAUUGUCAUAUUGGUUCCACUAUAAGAGAGCCGGAGAAAUUCAAACAGAGUACACGUGUACUUGUGGACCUUUUUAAUAAGCUAAGAAGCCGCUUCCCUGAUUUGUACGUCUUGAAUCUUGGCGGAGGAUUAUCAAUUCCAUACAAAUCUCAGAUAUCACUACCACAAAAAUGCAAACAGGUGGUUCAGUCCGAAAUCGACAAGAACGAUGAUCAAGAGAUAGCAAGAUUAUAUGACAAUCUUCUCACAUCAAAGUUAACUCUUUCCACCUUCCUUGAAGCAAUUAAACCUCUUCAUCGAGGAAAAGAGAUAUUUCUUAAACUACAGGAGCAGGUUCCUUCUGAGUGUCUUGUUCCCGAACCAAACGAUUUGCUUAGCUCUAUCAGCGAUAUCAUACCACCGGAAGCUAAAGUCAUUCUGGAACCUGGACGUUCAUUGGUCGGAAAUUCUGCUAUUCUGUUGUCACGUGUUCUAGGAACAAAAUUAUCCAAAAAGAAAAAUUUCAUUGUAAUAGAUGGUGCAAUGACAGAGGUAAUUCGGCCGUGUCUAUAUGGUGCCUAUCACCAUGUCGAGUUAGCAGAACCUAGCAGAGCCGCUCAUCUCCAAAACGCCAGCGACCAAUCAAAAUUGGUUUGGGACGUUGUUGGUCCUGUAUGCGAAAGUGCUGAUUUUAUUGGAAAGGAUCGGCUAUUAUUGACACCACAUGAAGGUUGCAGCAUUGCAGUGUUUGACACUGGCGCUUAUUGCAGCAGCAUGGGGUCAAACUACAACAUGAGGGUACGACCCGCGGAGUUGCUUGUUGAUGGUGAGAAGGUGAAGGUCAUACGUAGGAGCGAGACUUUCGAGGACAUGAUGAAAUUAUACACGAACUACUACUGUUUUUCGCAAUAAUAAUUAAACUAAGAUUUAAAUUUCCUUUCAAUAAAUCAUUCACUGGUUGUUUGUGUGUAAGAGUUAUUGUUCCUUACUUAAAGGUCGUGAGAUAAAUUGGUGCGAAUAUACCGAAAAACAAAAAACUCACCCAACUGC